CAAUAAAAUAAUCCACAGAAGAAGGCAAAAGUGAAAGUAGAUGUGGCAAAUUUUUCUACAGUUUUCUGGAAUGUUCGCCUGUAUUCCUUCAAAUGUUCAAUAUGUUAUGGUUAAUUUAACUUCAAUCUAAGUGCAAAAUAGACUUUUUUAAAAUUUCGAAUGGGCUGAUGAAAAAAGCCUAGCCCCAAAGACCUUCUGUAGACUUCUUUAACGCGGAGCUUUUCCUCUACUUGAUAUUUGCAUCUCCCUGUUCCAGUGAUAUGAAGAGUUAUUCGUCAGGCUCACUGGGAAUUAUUUUGAUUUCUCUACUAAUGGAAACAGAGACAUCUCAUGUUGUUUCGCCUGAUCCCGUUGUUGCUGUUGCUGUUGCUGAUGAUGAUGUCAUUCUACCAUGUUCCCUGUUGAAUUUCACCAAGAGUGCUGGUUUGAUAGUGAAAUGGUCGAGAUCCAACCCGAAAGACCCAACUGGGAAAGACAAGGUUGUCCAUUUUUACCGUGACGCUCGUGACUCCAAUGUGGAUCAGGAUGAAUCCUACAGGGGAAGGACGUCACUGUUUAAAGAACUGAAGAAUGGCAACGUCUCCUUAAAACUGUCCCGAGUGAAACUCUCUGAUGAAGGCAACUACAUGUGUUACAUUCUAGUUCCGGAACCGAACAGUCUAGUUCAUGAAACCGUCAUUCCACUCAUUGUUGUUGCUGUGUCCAACCCAGUGAUCUCCAUCAAUGGAACCAAAGGCAGUGGGGUGGUCCUGAAGUGUGAGGCUAAAAGCUGGUACCCCAAACCCGAGAUGAACUGGCUGGACAGUGAGAGACAGGUCCUCCCUGCUGGAUCCGCUGAGACACACAGGGACACAGAGGGCCUCUACAUUGUGAGACGCCAUGUCACCGUGAACAAGAAUGUCACCAACACGUUCACCUGUAGAGUUCAGCUUCAAAAGUUUAAUUUUACGAGGGAGACAGAGUACAAUGUUCCAGAUGAGAUGUUUCCCACAGUUCCCUGGGUGUGGAUUGCUGUUCCUGUUUUGAUAGUAUGUGUUUGUGGACUUGUGGUUGGUUUCAUGUGGAUAAAAUACCAGAAACUGAGAAAAAAGAUAGACUUUGCAGAUCAACAGAUACAAGAACUCACUGAUGAGUUGGAAAGUUCCAGAAUAAAAUCUGAUCAACGUAUAAAAGAGCUCACUGACGAGCUGGGUACACACGAACAAGAGCUCACUGAACAGCUAGCUAAACUCAAACAAGAGAGGGCUGCACUUGUCUCUUCAGUUGAUAACGGAUGCCAUAGAUUUUCAUUCUCAAGGACGUUAUCAAUGUCACUGUCAAACAAACCACUUAGAAGAAAUACAAUGGCACAUUCAAUGACUGAAAAGGCAGAGGAUGAAGAGACGAACCCGUUACACCAAACGAUCAGAACCGCUUGACGAGGUCGCCAAUUGGGUUAAAGGAAUAGUCCACUCAAACGUAUCUUUUUUAAUACGUUUUUAAUUUAAUCAAAUCAAAUCAAAUUUUAUUUGUCACUUACACAUUGUUAGCAGAUGUUAAUGCGAGUGUAGCGAAAUGCUUGUGCUUCUAGUUCCGACAGUUUAGUAAUAACCAACAAGUAAUCUAACUAACAAUUCCAAAACUACUGUCUUAUACACAGUGUAAGGGGAUAAAUAAUAUGUACAUAAGGAUAUAUGAAUGAGUGAUGGUACAGAGCAGCAUAGGCAAGAUACAGUAGAUGGUAUCGAGUACAGUAUAUACAUAUGAGAUGAGUAUGUAAACAAAGUGGCAUAGUUAAAGUGGCUAGUGAUACAUGUAUUACACAAGGAUGCAGUCGAUGAUAUAGAGUACAGUAUAUACGUAUGCAUAUGAGAUGAAUAAUGUAGGGUAAGUAACAUUAUAUAAGGUAGCAUUGUUUAAAGUGGCUAGUGAUAUAUUUACAUAAUUUCCCAUUAUUAAAGUGGCUGGAGUUGAGUCAGUGUCAGUGUGUUGGCAGCAGCCACUCAAUGUUAGUGGUGGCUGUUUAACAGUCUGAUGGCCUUGAGAUAGAAGCUGUUUUUCAGUCUCUCGGUCCCAGCUUUGAUGCACCUGUACUGACCUCGCCUUCUGGAUGAUAGCGGGGUGAACAGGCAGUGGCUCAGGUGGUUGAUGUCCUUGAUGAUCUUUAUGGCCUUCCUGUAACAUCGGGUGGUGUAGGUGUCCUGGAGGGCAGGUAGUUUGCCCCCGGUGAUGCGUUGUGCAGACCUCACUACCCUCUGGAGAGCCUUACGGUUGUGGGCGGAGCAGUUGCCGUACCAGGCGGUGAUACAGCCCGCCAGGAUGCUCUCGAUUGUGCAUCUGUAGAAGUUUGUGAGUGCUUUUGGUGACAAGCCGAAUUUCUUCAGCCUCCUGAGGUUGAAGAGGCGCUGCUGCGCCUUCUUCACGAUGCUGUCUGUGUGAGUGGACCAAUUCAGAUUGUCUGUGAUGUGUAUGCCGAGGAACUUAAAACUUGCUACCCUCUCCACUACUGUUCCAUCGAUGUGGAUAGGGGGGUGUUCCCUCUGCUGUUUCCUGAAGUCCACAAUCAUCUCCUUAGUUUUGUUGACGUUGAGUGUGAGGCUAUUUUCCUGACACCACACUCCGAGGGCCCUCACCUCCUCCCUGUUGGCCGUCUCGUCGUUGUUGGUAAUCAAGCCUACCACUGUUGUGUCGUCCGCAAACUUGAUGAUUGAGUUGGAGGCGUGCGUGGCUACGCAGUCGUGGGUGAACAGGGAGUACAGGAGAGGGCUCAGAACGCACCCUUGUGGGGCCCCCGUGUUGAGGAUCAGCGGGGUGGAGAUGUUGUUGCCUACCCUCACCACCUGGGGGCGGCCCGUCAGGAAGUCCAGUACCCAGUUGCACAGGGCUCGAGCUUGAUGACGAGCUUGGAGGGUACUAUGGUGUUGAAUGCCGAGCUGUAGUCGAUGAACAGCAUUCUCACAUAGGUAUUCCUCUUGUCCAGAUGGGUUAGGGCAGUGUGCAGUGUGGUUGAGAUUGCAUCGUCUGUGGACCUAUUUGGGCGGUAAGCAAAUUGGAGUGGGUCUAGGGUGUCAGGUAGGGUGGAGGUGAUAUGGUCCUUGACUAGUCUCUCAAAGCACUUCAUGAUGACGGAAGUGAGUGCUACGGGGCGGUAGUCGUUUAGCUCAGUUACCUUAGCUUUCUUGGGAACAGGAACAAUGGUGGCCCUCUUGAAGCAUGUGGGAACAGCAGACUGGUAUAGGGAUUGAUUGAAUAUGUCCGUAAACACACCGGCCAGCUGGUCUGCGCAUGCUCUGAGGGCGCGGCUGGGGAUAAUCCACUGUUUCUGAAUGUUUUGCAUGUCAGCAAUCACGUUUUCAAUACAUAGGACUUUCAAGAUGAUGAUGUCUCCAUGAUCAUAUGCUGCACUUUGCUUCUUGAAAGUGCUAUAUCUUGAAAACCUGACUACUGACUUGCAAACAUUUUUGGGGCUGUAUCAACAUUGGACUAAUGAAACAAAUACCCAUUUUUUUAUUUUUUUAUCGGAGCAAUGGUACUAUUUCACACUUUCUAUGUCACACUAAUUUUAUGUCAUACUAUGUAGCCUCGAGGAAGCCUUUCUUUGGAGAAGGUUCUUCAUUAGGUUCUUUGCUUUCUGAAUGGUUGCAAAAGAAUCAUCUUGCUAGAAGGUUGUGGGUGAAUUCCUGUUUUUAUGUUGCACUAUUUCACAUCGCUUGGCCUGUGUUUUUGAUUGUUUUAUUCUACCUGUAUUGCCUCUUUAUGUUCAUGGGUUGUUUUGGGUUCUGUUGGUCAGGAACCUUAAGGGAUGUCAGCAUGUACAGUACAUUCGGAAAGUAUUCAGACCCCUCAAUUUUUCCACAUUUUGUUACGUUACAGCCUUAUUCUAAAGUGGAUUAAAUUAAUAAAACAAGUCCUCAUCAAUCUGCACACAAUACCCCAGAAUGACAAAGUGAAAAUAGGUUUUUAGACAUUUUUGCAAAUAUAAAAUACCUAAAACAGAAAUAUCUUAUUUACAGAAGUAUUCAGAACCUCUGCUCUGAGCCUCGAAAUUGAGCCAGUGCAUCCUGUUUCCAUUGAUCAUCCUUGAGAUGUUUCUACAACUUGAUUGGAGUCCACCUGUGGUAAAUUCAAUUCAUUGGACAUGAUUUGGAAAGGCACAUGCCUGUCUAUAAGUUCCCACAGUUGACAGUGCAUGUCAGAGCAAAAAUCAAGCCAUGAGGUUGAAGGAAUUGUCCAUAGAAUUCCAAGACAGGACUUUGUCAAGGCACAGAUCUGAGGAAGGGUACCAAAACAUUUCUGCAGUAUUGAAGGUCCCCAAGGACACAGUGGCCUACUUCAUUCUUAAAUGGAAGAAGUUUGGAACCACAGACUCUUCCUAGAGUAGGCUGCCAGGCCAGACUGAGCAAUCGGGGGAGAAGGGUCUUGGUAAGGGAGGUGACCAAGAACCUGAUGGUUACUCUGACAGAGCUCCAGAGUUCCUCUGUGGAGAUGGGAGAACCUUCCAGAAGAACAACCAUCUCUGCAGCACUCCAUCAAUCAGGACUUUAUGGUAGAGUAGCCUGAUGGAAGCCACUCCUCAGUAAAAGGCAAAUGACAGCCCUCUUAGUCUACCAAAAGGCACCUAAAGGACUCUCAGACCAUGAGAAACAAGAUUCUCUGGUCUGAUGAAACCAAGAUUGAACUCUUUAGCCUGAAUGCCAAGCGUCACGUCUGGAGGAUACCUGGCACCAUCCCUACGGAGAAGCAUGGUCGUGGCAGCAUCGUGCUGUGGGGAUGUUUUUCAGUAAUAGGGACUGGGAGACUCGUCCAGAUCAAGUGAAAGAUGAACGAAGCAAAAUACAGAGAGGUCCUUGAUGAGGUCCUUGCUCAGGACCUCAGACUGGGGUGAAGGUUCACCUUCCAACAGGACAACGACCCUAAGCACACAGCCAAGACAACGCAGUAGUGGCUUCGGGACAAGUCUCUGAAUGUCCUUGAGUGGCCCAGCCAGAGCCCGGACUGGAACCUGAUCAGACAUCUCUGGAGAGAUCUGAAAAUAGCUGUGCAGCAACGCUCCCCAUCCUACCUGACAGAGCUUGAGAGGAUCUGCAGAGAAGAAUGGGAGAAACUCCCCAAAUAUAGGUGUGUUAAUAAGCUUGUAGCAUCAUACCCAAGAAUCAAAUCAAAUGUAUGUAUAAAGCCCUACUUACAUAGCUGAUAUCUCAAAGUCCUGUACAGAAACCCUGCCUAAAACCCCAAACAGCAAGCAAUGCAGGUGUAGCAGCACGGUGGCUAGGAAAAACUCCUAGAAAGGCCAGAAUCUAGGAAGAAACCAAGAGAGGAACCAGGCUAUGAGGGGUGGCCAGUCCUCUUCUGGCUGUGCCGGGUGGCGAUUAUAAAAGAACAUGGCCAAGAUGUUCAAAUGUUCAUAGAUGACCAGCAGGGUCAGAUAAUAAUAAUCACUGUGGUUGUCGAGGGUGCAACAGGUCAGCACCUCAGGAGUAAAUGUCAGUUGGCAAGAAGACUCGAUGCUGUAAUCGCUACCAAAGGUGUUCAACAAAGUGCUGAGUAAAGGGUCUGAAUACUUAUGUAAAUGUAAUAUUUCAAUUUACAUAAUACUUAAGUAAAUGUCAUAUUUUUAUUUGUUAUAAAAUUGCACUGCAUAUGACACAACCAGACCUCAUUAUAUGAAGAUUCUAAGGCUGAAUCACUUUUCUGUCAUAUAAUACUGAGUUACUUUUCUGUGAUAUAAUGCUAUUUCUAAUGCUGAAGCACAUGUAUUGGUGGUAUGUCUUUGAUACUUCCAGUGGGAAAAAUGUUUGGAGUCUUAGACUGAUUUAAUCCAAGGUGCUUUUUAGAGCAGCUACUAGACAGCCUUUAUAAAGGCAAUUUCCUUGGAUUGAAUCCCCGCUUUAUUCUCUUAUUAUAUUAUUAUUAUUAGUAUUGUUGCAGUACUAGUACGCCUCUAGAUAGCACCUUGUAUUUGUUCUACCCGGAAAUAUAAAUAAUAUUUAAUGAGAGGGUUCUACAAAGCACCACAAAGGGUUCCCCUACAGGGACAAAUCAAAGAACCCUAUUGGUUCUCCAAAAAUGUUUUCUAAGUAGAACCUUUAACCUUUGAAUAACCUUUAUUCAUAUUUGCUAAAGAUACAAUGCAGAUGUUUUUGAUCUCUAUCAAAUCAUUUAAGGGUAACAAUUAAGUACCUUACUGUGAUUAUUUUCAUUUAAAAUGGUCAAAAACAAACAAAAAUAGCUUUUUAGCAAGCAACAAUGUAGCUAGGACUGUCUGGGAGUGUUGUGGGGAGGGGAAACGAGCUGUUAUUGGCAGAGAGGUUUAGAACUCUCUUUAUUAACUCUAUUAACUCAUUUACUGCUUGGUGAUGAUGAUGAUGAUGAUGAUGAUGAUGUUUUAUUGUCACAUACACCGGAUAGGUGCAGUGAAAUGUGGUGUUUUUACAGGGUCAUCCAUAGUAGUGGAACAAAUUAGGGUUAAGUGCCAGGCAGGCCAAAACUCUAUCCAGCCAAAACAGGCUGAAAUGCCAGACAGUCUUUUCAAACAGCUCCAACACUAAAAGGGCAUAAUCAUAAUUUUCACAAUUUCACAGUAUUAUUCCAACCUCAUAGUGUGAAAAUAAAUAUAAAACACAGGAAAACAUAUUUUUGACUGCACUGGGCCUUUAACAUACUGAAUAAUCAUUGCUUACAUAGGUUAGACCACCCAGUUCGUAGGUUAUUGCAAUUCAUCAGGGCCAGAGACAUGAAUAUGAACAUGCCAGUUACUAAAGUAGCUAUGUUUACAACACCAGAGGCUGCUGAGGAGGACAGUUCGUGAUAAUGGCCGAAACGGAGUGAAUGGAACGUCACCAAACCUAUUGAAACCAUGUGUUUGUCUUUGAUACAUUUCCACCUAUUCCACUCCAGCCAUUACCACAAGCCUGUCCUCCCCAAUUAAGGUGCCACCAACCUCCUGUGGUUUACGAAGAUCCUGUCAUUAUGCAUGUACAAUGUGUGCAAAACAAGACGGCACGAUAAGGGUCUCUACUUAGAACCUUGAUGCUACUUACGGUUCUAAAUAAGGUUAUCCAAGGCCACAAAAAGGGUUCCCUUUAUUUUAUAUUUUGUUCUAGAGUGUUCUAGAACUCUACUCACUACCCUGUGCUUUGUUCAAUACAAAUACUAAAGAGUGGGAAUUCUCACUAAACAACACUCAUCAGAUCAAGCACCUGCAGAAAGACUGUACGUAAAGGAGCGCAUACAUCUUGGGCUGUUUGUAUAAAAGGUGCUAAUUCAUUUAAUUUUAUGACUUUUUAGUACUGUGUCUGUCCAGUCCCAUUUUGUUUUGUAUAGUCUGUUUUAGCAAGUGUUGUGCUGUGAUGUGUUCAUUCUUGUCAGUCUCUCACCCGCUCUCUGGAGACUGAGCUCUCAUACCUCAGAACCUCCUGCUGGGUCUGUGGAAGUGAUGUGUCCACAAUAAAAAUUGACAAUCAUUUGAAAAUCA